AUGCAAACAAUUCUGAAGUAUGAACUUCCCAUUCGUGUUGAACAAAAUCAUUGUGUUAAAAAGAAGGAUCAAAUUUUGGCUACAAUGUGCCCGAAUUCAGAGACUAUGACUGCGAAAACGUGUGGCCCAAUCAACUACUGUCAGAUUUCAAAGGACGAUACCAUUCGGGAAAUCUUGGAUAAGAUCUUCCCCCCAAUAGUGUAUAAGGAUAUGGGUACGAAGUGGGUCAAGUAUGUAUCGAAGAAAUCUACCACUUCUCUUGAAGUCAAAAAUAUAGAAGUGGAAAUGGAGAGAAUACUGGAAAACCGUUGUAGCCGCAAAAAGCCUAUUUGUGCCAUAAGACACGAUGUUCUGAGCGACUUGGCAAAUGAGACACUGCGACAACUCAUUGUUGAUUGUCCAGAACAAGGACUUUUAUUCAAGCGUGUGUUAGACCAUUAUAACACAGAAUUUUAUGGCUAUGAAACACUUCUGAGGUUUACUGAAGGAUUUAUAGGACGAAGAAGGGUAGCAUGGCAGCAUAUAAAAGCAGAACGUCAGCAAAAGAUUAAUCAUCUAGAAAAAACAAAGAAGUUAUUAGAAUUUCAAGUUGCAGAAUUAAAACAAAAAGCUGAUGCAUUGGAAAAAAAGAAUCAAGAAGCUAAAACUAAACGAGAUCAAGCAAGAAAUGAAGAGAUUAAAUUCUACAAACAUCGUGGUGAACAGCUUAAGGCUCAAUUCGACACUUCAGUACUUCCUUCUAGCUGA